GUUCCCCAGUUCCCCAGUUCCCCUCCCUUCUUCCUUCAUGCCUUGUAGGCCACCCGUUAACCCUCCGUUAGCAACCGCGAGUGCUUCCCCAUAGAACAGUCAGUCGCGGACCAGUGGGCCUGGACCACGCUUACGUUUAACCAUCAGAGCUCAUAUCAGCUCCAGUGAAGACUGGAGACUGCAUUAUGGGGAGGCCAGUAAGGCAUGUCUGCGACGUCCAAUCUCUAGACUCUAAUCCCUCAUUUUUCUCUAUUCUUUAUUCACAACUUCGAUGCUUUGGAGCAUUAGCGCAGUCGGUACUUAUUCUGCAGGACGCAGGAGGUCUUCCCCAACCAUCUAUUUUUCCAUAUAGAAGAUAGAAACUCUCCUAAUCCUCAUAUUUUGAAGCCAAAAACCAGAGGGAAGAAGGAUACACCGAAACACUGAAGCCGCAGACAUGAGUGGCUUUUACAGUUUCCUUUUUCUUUCCAUUCUUGUUGCUUUUUUCAUUUCUUCUACAUCCUCCACUGAUAUUGAUGUACUCAUGAAGCUUAAAGCUGCACUAAUAGGACCAAAAGGUUCAGGACUCGACGACUGGAAACUUUCCUCUACUCCAAACUCAUAUUGCAACUUCUCAGGGGUCUCAUGUGACAAUGACGCUCGGGUGAUUGCCCUCAACGUCUCAUUCGUUUCCCUUUUCGGCUUCAUUGCGCCGGAGAUAGGUAUGUUAAGCUCGCUUGUCAAUCUCACACUUACCUCCACCAAUCUCACUGGAAAACUCCCCAUUGCAAUUGCAAACCUGACCUCUCUUAAGUAUCUCAACGUCUCCAACAAUGUUAUCUCUGGUGAGUUACCUGAGGAAGUCGCUGGAGGAUUACCUGAGCUUGAGGUGUUUGACGUCUAUAACAAUAAUUUCUCUGGCACUUUACCGCUCCAGAUCAUCAAGCUGAAACAGCUCAAACACCUGCAUCUCGGUGGCAAUUUCUUCACCGGCGAAAUCCCCGAUAUAUACUCUGAGUUACAGAGUUUGGAAUACUUGGGUUUGAACGGUAACAGCCAUUCCGGAAGGAUUCCGGCUAGUUUAAGCCGUCUAGUGAACCUGGGGGAGCUUUAUCUUGGUUAUUAUAAUACGUACGAAGGGGGCAUGCCGCCUGAGUUUGGGUAUUUAACCUCGCUACGGAAGCUCGAUAUCAGCAGCUGCAACCUCACCGGCGAGAUCCCAACGAGUUUGGGCAGUUUGAAGCUAUUGGACUCGUUGUUCUUGCAACUCAAUAGACUUUCAGGACAGAUUCCAGCGGAACUCUCCGGCCUGGUCAGUCUCAUGUCACUGGAUCUCUCUAACAAUGACCUCACGGGAGAGAUACCAGACAGUUUCUCUGAGCUGAAGGAGCUAAGACUUUUGAAUCUGUUCCGCAACCAUCUCAACGGCCCAAUCGCACCGUUCAUCGCUGAUCUUCCGAAUCUCGAGGUGUUGCAGGUGUGGGAGAACAACUUCACGUUUGAACUCCCGGGAAAUCUUGGCCUCAAUGGGAAGCUUACAAAUCUUGACGUGACCUCGAAUCAUCUCACCGGAAUGAUACCCUCAGGAUUGUGCGCCGGAAAGAGGUUGGAGACGCUGAUACUAAUGGACAAUUACUUUUUUGGACCGAUUCCGCAAGAACUCGGUGAGUGCAAAUCCUUGACUCGGGUCCGACUCAUGAAUAAUUUCUUCAAUGGCACGAUUCCACCCGGGUUCUUCAACCUGCCUUUGGCGGAUAUGGUGGAGCUCAGCGACAACCACUUCAGCGGAGAACUCCCGGACGAGUUAUCUGGUGAAAAACUUGGUCUCUUGACGCUAUCCAACAACGUGAUUACUGGGAAGAUUCCUGCGGCUAUCGGAAAUUUGGUCAAUUUGCAAACUCUCUCACUCGACAUAAACCAGUUUACCGGCGAUAUUCCACCGGAGAUAUUCCAGUUAAAGGUACUUUCCAAGAUAAACAUCAGCAGUAAUAACCUCACUGGCUCGAUUCCAAGCACAUUCUCUCGCUGCUUCUCCCUCACAUCGAUUGAUUUGAGUCAAAAUAAUCUAACUGGAGAAAUUCCGAGUGACAUCGCCAGCUUGGAGAUCCUCAGCACUCUCAACCUAUCGAGAAACCAAUUCUCAGGGGAAGUCCCCACUGAAAUCCGAUCGAUGACGAGCCUCACAACGCUGGAUCUCUCUUACAAUAACUUGUCGGGUCCGAUUCCAAUUGGAGGACAAUUCUUCGCUUUUAAUGGCACCACUUUCGCUGGAAACCCCAAUCUCUGUAAUCCACUGCACCACAUACCCUGCCCAUCUAUUCAGAACCUGGCAAUGGAUUCAGAAGGGAGGAAGUCAUCAUCGAAGAUCAUCGUCAUCAUCGUAUCAGUAGUAGGAAGUAUGCUAUUACUCACCACCGGCGUUCUAAAGAUCAAACGGUACUGGAAGGAGCGGCGGGAAUCAAAGGCCUGGAAGCUCACUCCAUUCCAGAAACUGAGUUUCAAAGUCCUAGACGUAAUCGAAUGCUUGAAAGAAGAGAACAUCAUCGGCAGAGGUGGUGCCGGAAUCGUUUACCGGGGAUCAAUGCCGGAUGGCGUGGAUGUUGCGAUCAAGCGACUGGUCGGAAGGAGCAACGGGAGAAACGAUCAUGGGUUCUCUGCAGAGAUUCAGACUCUGGGAAGGAUUCGACAUCGAAACAUUGUGAGAUUGCUAGGGUUUGUCUCGAACAACGAAGCAAAUUUGUUGCUGUACGAGUACAUGCCGAAUGGCAGCUUGGGAGAGAUGCUCCACGGAUCUAAAGGGGCGCAUUUACGGUGGGAGAAGAGGUAUCAAAUUGCAGUAGAGGCGGCGAAGGGUUUGUGCUAUCUUCACCACGAUUGCUCUCCUCUGAUCAUCCAUAGGGACGUUAAGUCCAACAAUAUCUUACUGGAUUCGGAUUUGGAGGCCCAUGUUGCAGACUUCGGGCUCGCCAAGUUCUUACACUCCCCCGGCGCAUCGGAGUGUAUGUCCUCCAUCGCGGGUUCCUACGGCUAUAUUGCACCAGAGUACGCUUAUACGCUGAGAGUGGACGAGAAGAGCGAUGUGUACAGCUUCGGGGUGGUGUUGCUGGAGCUGAUCACGGGGAGGAAGCCAGUGGGGGAGUUCGGAGAGGGGGUGGAUAUAGUGAGGUGGGUUGUGAAGAUAACGUCGGAGAUUCCUAAUCCAUCGUCGGAUGCGGCGGCGGUACUGGCGGUGGUGGAUCCUAGGCUAAGUGGGUAUCCAUUGGCAGGGGUGAUCAAUUUGUUCAAGGUGGCUAUGCGUUGCGUGGAAGAAAAUAGUGUGGAAAGGCCAACGAUGAGGGAAGUUGUUCAAUUGCUCACCAACCCAUCCCCUUCGCGUACUAAUAAUCUCCUUGACCUCUGAGUACUUUAACUAUGUUUAUUGGUUAAUCGAAUUGUUCUGUGUCAGAACUGCAAAAUGCUAUUCCUGUCCGUUUCACUUGUGUCUCCCAGUGAUGUUAAAGAACUAAAGUGAGUGGCAUUAAUAGUCUCUCUCUCAAGAUUCUGAUGAAAUUUUGCUCAUUGGUCAUUUA